AGGCAUCCCACCAUGCUUACACGUUGAACAUGAUAUGGCAAGGCUGCAGGUGUUUUUUUAAGCGUCGUCUUCCUGAACUAAACCGCGCAUCUCCUCUGCAGUAUCUUUUGUACCUGUAACAUACCCGCCUCCAACGAGAACAUGGCCGAUCGCGAUUCCCUGGCCUCCCGCACGCUACCAUUCAUCAAAUUGUCAGGCGGAGAGGGAACGCCACCGAACCGCCCACCAUCUCCUUUGCCAUCAGACCUAUCUGCUCAAGAGCGUGCGCAAGUGCGUUUCGAGGUGAAAGGGAACAUACUCAUCACCGGCGGCGCUGGCAAUCUCGGUCUAUCUGCUGCCAGGGCUCUGCUCGAACAUGGCGCAUCGGGAUGUAGCCUCUGGGACCUCGAAAGCACGAUUCGAUCGAGCCAGCCAGAGAUUCUGAAGCUGGCACAAACCUUCCCAAAGGCGCGAGUCUUUGCCAUUGCGGUAGAUGUCACAGAUGCCGAGGCCAUCAAUGAAGCCAUAGAAUCUGUCGUCAAGAUCGGUGGACCAAUCCGUCAUCUCUUCUGCUUCGCCGGAAUCGUGGGAUGUCAUCAUGCUCUCGAAAUGACCGAAGCACAAUGGAAGAAGAUCUUGGACGUCAACACAACAGGGUCUUUCCUCUGCGCUCAAGCUAUAGGAAAGCACAUUGUGGGACGCAAAAGCAACGGCAGCGACGCCGUCACAGCGGAAGGAGAGUUCACUGGUAACCUCAUCCCGAGCGGAGGGACCAUCACUCUCAUCGGCUCUGUCUCAGCCCAUGCUGUGAAUUUCCCGCAGGCUCAGGCCGCGUACAACGUGUCGAAGAGUGCCGUGGUGGCACUCAAAUCGAGUCUCGCAGCAGAAUGGGCCGUUCACGGGAUUCGAGUCAACAGCAUCUCUCCGGGCUACAUGGAUACGAUCCUUAACUCUGGUGAAGGCAAUAUUGUUGAGGCACGAAAAAUGUGGAUGAGUCGCAAUCCCAUGGGACGCAUGGGAGCUGUAGGAGAAUUGGACGGAAUGUGUGUGUUGCUGGCAAGCCGAGCCGGAAGCUAUAUCAAUGGAGCAGAUAUGGUGAUCGAUGGAGGAAUGUCUGUAUUCUGAAGGCGUUGCUCGCCAUCUUCACGGGAUGGGUCGAGACAAUCAAUGUCAAGCCCGACAAAUAAUCCGAUUGUUGAGUUAUUAUACACGAAGGGAAAGAAGAUCAGAGCCUUUCACCGAAAUCCGUGGCUUCGAGACGAAUGUGCUUCGGAAAUUAACGGCGGCCUGUUUAAAUCACACUGUCCACAUGCGGUCAAGUUCCAGGAUGGCUGUUGGCUUUCCGUCGGCGUCGGCCCGCGAGUUUUAGGGCCAUGAGGCCCCGAGAAUCACGCGCUUUCCAUAGGAUACUGUGAAUACCUUGUGCUAAAC